AGCAUGUGAAUUUUGUUUCCCGAAAACAUUACAAAGUGAUAACAAAAAAGGCUUUAAAAGUUAAAUAUUGCAUUGUACUUGUAGUGUUGAUUCACGCGCGCGUUCGUUGCUUCGAUAGGCCCCCAGGCGAGAGCACUGGUGCGAACUUCACUUUACGUGGACAUACUUCAGUUGAAAAAGUAGCGUUUUUCUUUAAAAUUCCUAACCUUAUAUUCACGUAAUUACGUGGAUUUGGUGCGAAUAGACACAGCGUACAUCAAAAUGCAACCACAAAUUAUUCUGCUGAAAGAAGGGACAGACUCGUCUCAGGGCAAGCCUCAGCUGAUCUCCAACAUAAAUGCCUGCCAAACGGUAGCAGAAGCUGUUUGUACAACAUUAGGUCCACGGGGUAUGGACAAAUUAAUAGUCAAUCAGAACGGAAAAGGUACAAUUUCCAAUGAUGGUGCUACGAUUUUGAAUCUUCUUGAUGUUGUUCAUCCAGCUGCCAAAACCCUGGUUGACAUUGCAAAGUCUCAAGAUGCAGAGAUUGGAGAUGGUACAACUAGCGUUGUCUUGCUUGCAGCAGAAUUUUUGAAACAGGUGAAACCAUUUAUCGAAGAAGGCGUUCAUCCUAGAAUCAUCAUCACAGCUUUUAGAAAGGCAAUCAAAAUUUCAACGGACAAGAUAAAUGAACUUAGCGUUAAAAUUGAAAAAAAUGAUCCACAAAAAGUACGCUCCACUUUGGAAGAAUGUGCCGCUACAGCGUUAAAUUCCAAGUUGAUUCAUCAACAAAAAGAAUUAUUCAGUAAAAUGGUCGUUGACGCUGUUCUCAUGCUGGACGAGCUGUUGCCCCUGAACAUGAUUGGUAUCAAAAAGAUAUCUGGAGGUGCUUUGGAAGACUCAAAUCUCGUAGCAGGCGUCGCUUUUAAAAAGACGUUUUCCUAUGCUGGUUUCGAGAUGCAACCCAAAACUUAUUCACCCUGUAAAAUAGCUCUUCUUAAUAUCGAACUCGAAUUGAAGGCAGAGCGUGACAACGCUGAAAUUCGAGUGGACAACGUCGCCGAGUACCAGAAAGUCGUUGACACGGAGUGGAAAAUUCUCUAUGAUAAACUCGAAAAGAUUCACAAGAGCGGAGCAAACGUCGUUCUUUCGAAACUUCCGAUUGGAGACGUCGCCACACAAUAUUUUGCUGAUCGUGAUAUGUUCUGUGCCGGUCGCGUCGUCGAUGAAGAUCUCAAGCGUACAAUGAAAGCUUGCGGUGGAGCUGUCAUUACAACGGCCAACGACAUGAACGGGGCAGUCUUGGGGCAUUGCGAAAAGUUUGAGGAACGCCAAAUUGGUGGCGAAAGAUUUAACAUUUUCACUGGUUGCACCAACGCCAAGACGUGUACAUUCAUCCUUCGUGGUGGAGCUGAACAAUUCUUGGAAGAGACUGAGAGAUCCCUGCACGACGCUAUCAUGAUCGUCAGGCGUAUGAUCAAAAACGAUGCUGUGGUAGCCGGUGGGGGUGCAAUUGAAAUGGAGCUGUCGAAAACUUUACGUGAGCAUUCGCGUUCGAUUGCUGGAAAAGAGCAACUGAUUCUUGGUGCUAUCGCUCGCGCUUUGGAAGUCAUCCCGAGGCAACUGUGCGACAACGCAGGCUUUGACGCGACCAAUAUUCUCAAUAAGCUCCGCCAAAAACAUCAUAUGGGCAAGUAUUGGUUCGGCGUUGACAUCAAUAAUGAAGACAUUGCUGAUAAUUUGGAGAGUAACGUGUGGGAGCCCGCAAUAGUCAAGGCCAACGCUUUAGUCGCAGCCUGUGAGGCUGCUUGUCUUAUUCUGUCUGUCGACCAGACUAUCAAGAGCCCCAAGAGCGGUGGUGAAGCUUCACAUAUGCCUGGUCGUGGUAUGGGCAGGCCCAUGUAAUUGCAUUAAACAUUUUUUUGCAUAAGCCUUUCGUACACAAUUUGUUACUGAAAUUUUUUACAAAUACCUUUCUACCUUAACCGUUAGACGAGGUAAUACAAUUAAAAUACAAAAUGUUGAAAAACCGGUAUGGAUUGUAUUAUGCUUCAAAGAUAGAUUAACAGUUGCCUAGUACCAAUGUUGAAUGCAUAUGUACGCUUGACCAAGUAAUAAAAAAAAUUUACAAUGUUUAACAUGAAA